AUGGACCGGGAGCAGAACAGGAGCGGGGCUGGCUUCCCGGCGUCUCGGGGAAGCGGCCCCUCCUUUAAAGGCGGCAACGGGAGCGGCGGCGGCCUGGAGGAGACCUUGGGGCUGCCCGUCUUCUCGGCGGCCGCUCAGGUCCGGGUGGGGCUCACCCUGCUGCUGUGUGCGAUCUCGGCCACCUGCAACGGGGCCGUGCUGUGGACUGGCAGGACCAGGCCAGCCGACAAGGGCUCCCACGCCCGCCUGCUGCUCCUGCAUUUGGCGGCGGCGGAUCUCCUGGUGGCCGUGGUGGUGAUGCCCUUGGACGCCACCUGGAACAUCACACUGCAGUGGCGGGCUGGGGACGUGGCCUGCCGGCUCCUCAUGUUCCUCAAGCUGCUGGCCAUGUACGCCUCCGCCUUCGUCACCACCCUGAUCAGCCUGGACUGUCACGGAGCCAUCUUGCAGCCACUGGCCACUGCCCAGGCUUGGCGCAAGACCCAGAUCUUGCUCUACGUGGCGUGGCUGAUGAGUGCUAGCCUCUCUGCUCCUCAGUUAUUCCUGUUCCACACCGUCACCGUAAGCUCCCCGCAGAACUUCACCCAAUGCACGACCCGCGGCUCCUUUGGCCAGCGCUGGCAUGAGGUGGCCUACAACGUGUUUGGCUUCCUGGGACUUUUCCUGCUCCCGCUGCUGGUCAUGACUGCCUGCUACACUCGGGUCUUGCUGGAGAUUUCGAGGCACGUCAGCGCCUGCAGCCGCUGGUCUGCCCAGGAGCUGCCGUUGCGCCGCUCACGCAACCCCAUCCCAAGGGCGCGCCUCCGCCUGCUGCACCUCAGCCUGGCCAUCGUCGGCUCGUUUGUGCUCUGCUGGACUCCGUACUACUGCCUGGGCCUGUGGUACUGGUUCUGGCCGACGGGCAUGGAGGGGGCCGUGAGCCCCUCGCUGGCCCACAUCCUCUUCCUCUUUGGCUUAUUAAAUGCCUGCUUAGACCCUGUCACCUACAGCCUCUUCGCUGGGGGCUGGCUGGGCAGGGGCUGUGGGGCAGCCAGGCGAGGCAGCCAGCCCCCGUCCCCCAUCACUGGCUCCUUCCACAGCUCGGUGUCCUCUGUCCGCCCCCGCAGAGGGGGCAGGCUGCUCCUCUGCGACUCAGCGGAGGUGGCCCUGGGCCUCAGCUCAAGGUCCCUUAUGAUGGCAGCUGCUUGCCCGCCCAAUGGUCCUUCCACCCAGUUUGGGGGGAAUGCUGCAGCACAGCCAAGCCUUCUCCAGGCCACAGAACUGCAAGCUCUCCCGCCUGGGACGGGAGGAGGGGCUCUGACAAGGGGAUCUGGGACACCUCAGCAAGCCCCCGACUCUGGGGGAAGCCUGGAUGAGCCCUGA